AGCAAUAAACAUGUACAAUCUGCCGUCAAUAUACAAAGCUAGAAACGAAAUAUUACGCAGCUGGAGGCUGAACAGCAUAUUAGGUCUUCCCCUGGCCUGGAAUCAGAGAAAUGCUAUUGGCGCAUCCAUUCCUUACAGCAUCAUCUCUCCUGCAUGGGUCCGAGCGUGCUAUUGGGCUUGCCUGGCCCAUGGGCCAAGGACGAUCGCGAGCCGUCCGAUCACUACACGACCAAGAUCGGCGGCCUACCUGACUGGCCCCCCUGGGUGGCUCACCCACCGCCGCAGCUGCUCAAGUGCUCCCUGUGCGAUGGGCCGCUCUCCCUCGUGCUGCAGGCUUAUGCACCGCUCUCCCUUCCCUCAGCAGCAGAUGCAGCAGCAGCAGGGGUGACACGUGGCAGCAGGCAAUUGGAGGAGCGGGUUCUCUACAUGUUUGCAUGCGCCAAUGGGGGAAAGGAGGGGGAGGAGGCUGCUUCCGCGCCAACCCCCCUUGGGGACCUCUCAUCUGUGGGAGGGGAAGGAGGGGCGGCAGGAGGUGGGGGUGGAAGGAAGGGGCCGUGCGCUGCACAGGCGGAAGGGUGGCGGAUCAUUCGCAUGCAGCAGCUCCCCUCCCAGCAACCGCCGCCACCACCACCAGCACCAGAACCGGCACAAGCAGCAGCAGCAGCAGCAGCAGCAGCAGUGGCAGCCUCCACAUGGGCAGAUGCGAGUCCCUGGGAUGCUGGCAGCACAGCAGCGGGAGAUAACUGGGGGCUUCCAGACCCAGGCUCAGGUGCUCCAGGUGCUCUUUCAGGCGUCUUUGCCACACCAGGACAAGAUGUUGGUGUGGUAGGAGGAGGGUGGGGCACCGGGACAUGUGACAGUAACGAAUUCGGUUCCACAUUACAAGACGCGCCCCUUUCCUCACUAGACGCUCUGACAGCGUCAAUCAGCGCCGCCGCUGCCAGGGCGGCUGCUAGCACUGUUGUGGAGAAUCAUGCAGUGGGGGGGAGGAAGGGAGGUGCAGGCAGAAAAGCAUCCCCAGGCGCAGCAGCAGCAGCAGCCGCACCAGUGGCAUCAAGUACGAGUGGCGCAACGCCAGCUGAGACUCUUCCUCUCCGUGUGCUGCCGUGCUUCUACCUGUUCUCCGAGGACGAGGAGGCGACCAGCAGAAGCAAGAGCAGGGGAGCAGCGGCCUCACCAGCAGCAGCAGCAGCGGCAGCAGCAGCUGAAGCAUGUGGCUCCAUAGACAGGGGGAACGGGCUGGCAGGGAUGCAGGGCGAGGGGUAUGAGUAUGACCAGGCGCGCACCGUGGGUCGGCCGUACCUGAGGUUCAAGAAGCGGCUCGACAAGCACCCGGAGCAGUGCGUCAGGUACCGCUUCAACGGUCAGCCCAUCUGGCCCAUCGCCCCACCGCCGCACCUCCCACAGGCGUCCCACCACUGCUCGUUGUGCGGCGCCCCCCGCGUGUUUGAGCUGCAGCUGAUGCCGCCGCUGCUCUUCUUCCUCCUGGAGGCGCUGAGAGAGCGGCAGGCGGAGGGGUCUGAGAGGAGCGGUGGGGGUGGGAAGGGGUGGAGGGCGGUGGAGUAUGGGGAGCUGGGGGAGUGGGAGUGGAUGACUGUUGCUGCCUUCACCUGCUCGCAGGCUUGCGAUACAACCGAUCUGGUGCACGAAAACGGGAAUACUACGACACAUCUGGCGCAUGAGUUAGGAUAUGGUCCAGCAUGGCUGACUGCAGAGGAAACCAUUGUGGUAGUCAACGACCUGUAGAUCUGGACCAGCAAACGUCAGCCCCAACACAGUUUGUCUAUCAUGAGACCUCCUGUAGUUGAAUCCAACACCUUAUGUAGACUUAGCCUAUAUUUUAUGCGGAUGCAGUCUUGCCGGUGAUGUGUGACUGAACUCAUACCUAGCAUGCAAGCAAUGUACAUGAGAGAUUGAAUCGGAAGCGUGCAUUGCCCCCAAAUUGGUUUUGGGCCUGUCUGAUUCGUCAGAGUCCACUGCCUUCCCUUGGUAUGGGUGUCAGAGUUACCUCCUUGAAAAAGUCUGAAAAAUCAGAGUAGCCUUCGAUU